AUGAUGCCAUUGCACGGAACGUUUGCAUCUCCGUGGUUUGAAGGACCCACUUCAUCAGAUGUGGAGGCAGAAUUCCAUGUGCCAGCAUGCUAUAACGUGCAACCUCCACCUCCAGUGCAGGCAAAACUUGGUUCAGUAUUGGAUGAGACUCUAUUCUAUAUGUUUUACUCGAUGCCAAGGGACGCGCUUCAGGAUGCAGCAGCAGUAGAGUUGUACAACCGGCAUUGGCGGUAUCACAAGGAGUUGCGAUUGUGGCUGAUGAAGGACCAGUCAUCGGAGCAGUCCAAGACGCCGACGUUUGAAAGAGGAAGCUACAUCUUUUUCGACCCUAAUAGCUGGGAGAAGGUCAAGAAGGACUUUAUCGUCAUGUACGACGCACUGGAGGAGCGCCGUCAGGUGUCUGGUAUGGCGCCCAACGGAAACAAUGCAGCGAAUCUACAUGGAGCAGGAGGAGCAGCAGUAGGAGGAGGAGGGCCAUUGUCGAAUGCUGGCAAUUUGGCUAAUGGUUUGGAGGGCGGUAGCCAUACUGGGCUGUUGAGCAGUCUGAACUUGACGGCGACACCAGGACCCACCUCUGCUCAGUCUCAUUUGAAGCAGGGAAUCCAUGCGUUCCAACAGCAACAGCAGGCGCAGGCACAGCAACAGCAGGCGCAGCAACAACGACAGCAACAACAGCAGCAGCAGGCGCAACAAAAGUCUCUUCAGAUGAUGAACAUGGCAUCUGGAGGGCAUGGACCAUUUGCUCCGAUCAACGGUAGCAAAUAA